GAGUCUCUUUCGACUUAUCGUUAGAAAAAAGAAAAUGACAGGCUUAGGAAAGGAUCUGCAAAAUUACCUCUCGCGAAGUAACAAAGAUACAAAUAUCUCAGUAUCAGAUGACUCAAAUAGCACCGGUUUUAGCCUAGGAAGACUAAACUUUUUUAAUAAGUCAGAAAAAAGCUCACUAAAUGAUACUAAUGACGUGGCAAAUGGAUGGUUUUCUCAAGCACAAAAAGAUCCGUAUUUACCAAGUCUUACAAAGAAACAAAGAAUCCUGGGAUUUAUACUAUGUUUACUGAUGGGAACAUUUUGUUUUUCAUUGGCAAGUUUGUACAUUCCUUUACUGAUACUGAAAGCCAGGAAGUUUGCAGUUUUAUACACAUUAGGCAGUUUAUUUAUUAUAUCCAGUUUCUCAUUGUUAUGGGGACCAAUGAAUCACUUUAAACAUUUAUUCUCUGUUGAGAGACUACCAUUUACAACAGCAUAUUUUGGAUCCAUGCUAGCAACAUUAUAUUUUUCACUGUGGUUAAGAAGUACAGUGUUUACAGUAAUAUUUGCUGUUAUACAGAUUUUAGCAUUAGUUUGGUACAUUGUGAGCUACAUACCAGGUGGACAGACAGGAUUGAAAUUUUUCUCCAAAAUAUUUUAUUCAGUUGCAUCAAAGACAGCUUCUAAAACACUGCCAGUAUAGCAGCAAUGUGUAGUAGUAGUUAUAGGAAGAAAUUCAUUAUCAGGAACAAAGGGACAUAACUUGUGAUAACAUUGGUUAUAAUAUUUUAGAAGUGGAUUCUUAUGUCUUGCUUACCUUUUCAAAAUAUCAUUUAAAACUUUUCUGACAGAUGAAAUGUAAUUUGUGGAGUUUUAAAUUAAAUAUUUUAAAAUGAACAAAAUAUUUAUUAAUCCUUCAAACAUGAAAAAAACAUUUUGAAGAUUUUUUUUUUUAAAGUUUUAUUCAGGAAUAGAGGGAGAUAAUUUGAGAAAAUAAUGUUGACAAAUAUUUGAAAAUGGAGUUUUUCUUCUUGCAUACCCUUAGUAAAAUUUCAAAUAAAACUCUUCACUGGAAUUCUGGAGUCAGUUUCACACAAAAACUUACAACAAAAAUUGAUUCUUAUUAUACAUAAUUUUUCAUGACUUACAAUUAAUCUGAAUUGUAAGAAUUUUUGUGAAACCAACUCCUGUUAAUGAUUUUUGAAAUUUUUUGUUUAAGAGAAAAUAUAAAUUAAUGAGACUAAACAGAAAUUAUAAUUUAUUUAUGGUUUUAAACCAUUUUGAAAUAAAAAAACUUUGUAAGUUGAAUUUUUAUGUUGGAUGCAAGAUUAUAUUCAGUAUCCAAGGGACAUAACUUACGAUAAUAUUGGUUACACUAAUUUGAAAAUGGAUUUUUCUUCCUCAUUCAAUGUUCAAAUCUCUUCUGAAUCAGUGUAAUUCUGAUUCGUUUGUUAUGGUAUAUAAAAUGUGUUGUUUAAGUGAAAAAAUUGAUAAUGAGAAUAGAAUAUAAUUUUUUUAUUGUUAACUUAAAGGCAUUUUGUAUAUUUUUUAAGUUUAAAAGAUUAUAUAUUUUAUAUUUAAAUAUUUUGCAAGAUCUAUUGCACAUGGAAGCCCAGAUUUGAUGAAGGAGUUUAAAUUAUUCAUUCAUUUUUUAAAGUUUUACCAGCUUUAAUUCAUUAUGUUCAUUUAUGUGUUUCAAUCCCACAACCCCAUUGAUUUGGCAUUCAUUUUCGCAUGUAAAGUAUCAUUUUUAAUUCAUGCAUUUAAGGUGGUACCUAACACUACAUGGAGAUAACUCUGUAAAGUUAGCUAAACGUUUUAAUGACAUUGUGUUGUAAAUAUCUUCUAUAUAAAGCUUCUCAAUGAUCAAGAUUGGUGUUUGUCAAACUGCUAUAUAACCAGUGUAAUUUUUCUGAUGAAACCGUUGGUUCAAAAUUUUUGAAAUUUUUAUAGUUUUGUUAAAGAGUCAAAGUAAAUACUUUUACAAAAUUUUAUGCAAAUUAAACGAGCCAAAUUCAUUUUAGUCAAAGUGUUGGGUACACCCUUAAUACUUAUACAGGGAAAACAAUCGGUCAUGCAUAUAAAGAUAUCUUUAUAUAAUAGUAUUUUCAUAAGCAUUUUAUGAAAAUGUAUUAGGGAUUC